GGAUAUGUUCCUGGCACUCUGCAAAAAUGACCUUCUUUGGGCUGCGCUGAGUGUGUGUGAGCAUAUGAGAUUAUCUGGACAGACACCACACUCAGUCCAGACCCCAUCCAGCAAUUACAGCGUUGGUUUUUCGGCCGAACAUACCCCGACAUAUAGCAAGGGUAUCAUGAUACGCACUGUCGAAAGCACUCUUGAUGCGUUGAUACGGAGGAUUGCCGACCCUGGGACCAACGUGAAGGACAUUAUCCUUCUUGCAAUUGUUCUCCAAUCAGUGAGAGCUCGGGGCUCUACCCAGGUGAAAGAUUAUCAAAUGCAAGAGGGGGCAAAGAAGGCUUUCGCGGCUUGUAGACAGUAUCUACUUCCCUCCGUCGCAGAUGAAUUUGCAGCAGGAAACGUUGCUGACGUCGCCCAAAUGGUAAGCUCUACUUCCUCGGUUUGCAUUCCUGAAACUUUCUGAUGAUGUAUUUUUAGCUUCAUUCAAAUCAGGCCCUGUUCCCUAACGGUACAACUGGAUUCGAGCCUAAUGUCCCACUGCCUGAUCUUAUAGGACCAUCCUCUAGUUUGCUUGACGAAUUCAACGAUUUCCAAGGAAACAUCUUUUCCUUCGACGACGGAUUGUUUGCGUGGAACCCAUGAAUUUUUAUCUUUUAGUUCUACGAAACAACGCAACAUCUGCCUAAAGCCCUCCGGAUCCGAGCCCGGAUCCGAAGUCGCCCGGAUCCGAACUGCCCUGGGAGCGAAGAGCUGCAGCGAUGGAAGGCAAUCAUAUGGAUGUUGUGGUUAAAUCCACAUGUUCUGCUACCAACACGCCAUUUACAAGAUCACUACAAAUGCCUGGGAAUUCCCCCAACUUUUCACAACUACAAUCAUCCUCACAAUCUCAACAAUCCGCAAACCCGAAGCCAGAGCGACAACUGUCUUGUGAAAGUUGUAGAAACAUGUCCUCCACUCAGAACGUCGCUAUCAUCGGUGCCGGCCUUUCAGGUCUCACUCUGGCCCUCGCACUACACAAGCAGUCCAUCCCCUGCACUAUCUACGAAGCGCGACCCGCGCCCCUCGACAUCGGUGGCGCCAUCAUGCUCUCUCCCAACGCUCUUCGCAUCCUCGACAUCCUAGGCGUCUACGAGCGUAUUCAGCCGCAUGGUUAUGAUUUCGACGAGUUGCACUUCCGCUCUGCUAGCAACGAGCCCGUUGAUGUCUAUGAGUUCGGCAACGCCGAGAAAUACGGCUACCGCGGCAUGCGCAUCUACCGCCACAUCCUCAUCUCGCAGCUCUCAGUCAUCGCCGAGGAAUCCAACAUCCCGAUUCAAUACAACCGAAAGUUCUCACACAUUGUGUCCGAGACACCCACUGACGUGACAUGGCAAUCCGUUGACGGAGCCACCGAGAAGGCCGCCUGUCUAGUGGGAGCCGAUGGCAUCCACUCUCGUGUCCGCAAGUACCUCUACCCGGAACUGGAGCCGAAAUUCACCAACAUGAUGGGCGUGACGGCUGCUGUGCCGACGGCGAAUCUAAAGGUCCCCGAGGGAUACCAGUUACCCGUGACAAUUAUGAACCCGCAACAUGGAGCGUUCGUGAUCGCGCCGCAGCAGCAAGACGGGUCGGAGGUGUUGAUCGGGCGACAGAAGCGUGCGCCAGAGCUAGAUCGUGCGGGCUGGACGGCACUCAUGAACGACACGAACUGGUGCGUGGAAUUCCUGCGUGAAGCCGCGGAUGAUUUUCCGGAAAUCGUACGAAGCGCCGUAUCGGAUAUCUCGCCUGACAAGAUCAACCUCUGGCCGUUCUAUGUGGUGCCGAAGCUCGAGAGGUGGAAUUCGGAACACUCUCGAGUUGUUAUUAUGGGUGAUGCGGCACAUGCGAUUGCGCCAACUUCGGGGCAGGGUGUCAAUCAGGCUUUCGAGGAUGUGUAUACCUACUCCUUAAUACUGGGUAAGGCAGGGCAGUCUCAACUUCAUAGGGCGUUGCAGGCGUGGCAGCGUGGUCGACAGGAGCGGGUUGAUAAGAUCUUGGAACUCAACGCGAAGAUUGAUAAGCGGAGGAUGCCGAAGCAGGAGGAUCAAGAUACCGUGGAAAUGGGUGAGGAUUUUGAUUUAGAGUGGCUAUAUGGACCUGAUUUCGCGGCAAUGGUUGAGGGAUGGCUUCGCAUGGAGGGCUUGGAGUAAAUUUUGUCAAAUAUCUGAUGCUCGUUAUGCUAUUGUGAGGGAGUUGCGUGUUUCUGUUCAUCAAACACUUCGAUUCAAUCAUAGACACUUAUAUGAUUUCUUGCCAUCUUGAUUUAAAGUAGCCAAGUUAUUCCACCAACUAACAAAUCCAAUCCCUAUUCACUCCCCCUUAAUAAUACCCCAAUCUCCCUCCACCCAAGUCGAAUUUAUCUUGAUUGCCUUAAUCCUCCACAGACCUCCAUCUUCCUCCCGUUUGACAAGAUCAACAUAGUACAAACUCCCACCCAACAAUCUCGGCUGAUCCGCCUCCAUGCCCUUUCCCGCACGAUAGUGCUGCGCAAUCGACGACGCAGUCAAAGACGCCUCGGUUCCGUUAUCUUCAAUGUUAAUCCGGAUAUUCGAGAUGAAGUGUGUGGUAUCGAGCUUCGAUAUCGGGUCGAAGCAGCCGGUGUGGAUUUCUGGUAAGCCUGAGAGAACGCGUCCGUUGAUCUCGAACGUGGAGUCUAGGAGGAAGGCGGAGUCGAAUAGAGCAGUGUCUCCUGUGUCGAAGCCUAUGACGCACCGGUAGAGUGCGUCGGCGAUGGCGUCGCGGCCGGUUAGGGCCGGGGUGAGGGAGGCGGGGAGGGUGGGGAUGGUUGUCAUUGUGAAUGGUUCUACUUCAAAAGAAUAUUUAUGAUUAUUGGAAAGAGUCACAGAUUUAUGGAUUCAGG